GCGCAUUCAGGUAGUCGUGGGGCUGGUGGUUCCAGGCCGCUAGUUUAUCGGCUCCUGGUAGCCGGAGCUUGGCUCCACCAUAAACAAGCUUGGUUUGCUGUUUGGAACAACUGACUUUGGCCUCGUUCCUAGUAUCACUUUGGGUCAGUAGUAAUGCUCAUCUCCAAGUCUGAAUAUUGUAAAUUUAACCUGCACUCCAGUAGCUGAGCAUAUUUUUUAAAAAGAUACUCUUCAUCAAAUAACUAUGGAUUUUCAACAUCGACCAGGAGGGAAAACUGGCAGUGGAGGGGUUGCUUCCUCUUCUGAAAGCAAUCGAGAUCGAAGAGAACGGUUGAGACAGUUAGCUUUGGAAACCAUUGACAUAAAUAAGGAUCCCUAUUUUAUGAAAAAUCACCUGGGUUCCUAUGAAUGUAAACUUUGUCUAACACUUCACAACAAUGAGGGCAGCUAUUUGGCGCACACACAAGGGAAAAAACAUCAGACUAAUCUGGCACGACGAGCAGCAAAAGAGGCAAAGGAAUCACCAGCACAGCCCGCCCCAGAGAAGGUUAAAGUGGAAGUGAAAAAGUUUGUGAAAAUUGGCCGGCCAGGUUAUAAAGUGACCAAACAGAGGGAUGCAGAAGUGGGACAACAAAGUCUUCUGUUUCAGAUUGAUUAUCCUGAAAUUGCAGAAGGUGUAAUCCCACGCCACCGGUUUAUGUCUGCAUAUGAGCAGCGAAUUGAACCACCUGACAGGCGUUGGCAGUACCUGUUGUUUGCAGCAGAGCCAUAUGAAACCAUUUCUUUUAAGGUGCCAAGUAGAGAAAUUGAUAAAGUUGAGGGAAAGUUUUGGACCCACUGGAAUAGAGAAACAAAACAGUUUUUUCUUCAGUUCCAUUUCAAGAUGGAAAAACCGUUGCAACCACCGACCUUACCAAUUGGACCACCUGGGAUAAAGAACAGACCACCACCACCACCACUCAUGAAUGGUUUACCAGCAAGAGCCCCCAUGCCACCAGAUGCCCUUCCGCCUCCAAGACCAGCAGGCAUGCCCAUGCCACCGAUGCCACCAGCUGGCCCAGUGCCGCCUGGUCCACCGCAGCUUCCUCCGGCUCCGCAGGGACCACCACCAACUCCACAGGGACCACCACCAACACCACAAGGUCCUCCUCCGACUCCACAAGGUCUCCCUCCGGCCCCGCAGGGUCCUCCACCAGCUCCACAGGGUCCACCUCCAACCCCACAAGGCCUUCCUCCAGCUCCGCAAGGUCCUCCGCCAACCCCGCAGGGUCUCCCUCCGCCGCCAACCCCGCAGGGUCUCCCUCCGCCGCCAACCCCGCAGGGCCUCCCGCCGCCGCCAACCCCGCAGGGCCUCCCGCCGCCGCCACCAACCCCUCAGGGCCUCCCACCGCCGCCAACCCCACAGGGCCUCCCGCCACCAGCUCCACAGGGCCUCCCACCACCAUUGUAUGCCAUAGCUGGCAUCUUCAUUUAUCAUGUGGUUUGCUUCCAUAUUGUGAAUUUGACUUCAAGACUGUUUGAGGAGAGGAUAAACUUAAAGACUACCUUCAAGCUGAGAUCUCAAAGAAUGCCUUUGUCAGAUCAGUAUCUUAAGCUGGAAGAAGAACGCAGGCAACAGCAAAAACAGGACAGACAGAAAAAGAAGAAAAAACAGAAGAAAGACAAAGGCAAACGUCGCCAUGAUUCACUUCAUACUGAAAGUGAUGAAGACAUUACUCCAGUUCAUCACGUUGACAUUAUCACAGAAGAAAUGCCUGAGAAUGCAUUGCCUAGUGAUGAUGAUGAUAAAGAUCCAAAUGAUCCAUACAAAGCAUUGGAUAUUGAUUUGGAUAAGCCUUUAACAGAUAAUGAAAAAUUACCUGUUAGAACGCACCGAGUAACUGAAAAGAAAGCGCCAGAAGUUGAAGCUGCCUCCGUAGAGGAUAAAAGCAAAAAACCUAAGAAAGCAAAGAAAGAAAAAGACAAAAAGAAAGAUAAAGAGAAAAAGAAAAGUAAAGAGAAAGUCAGCAAAAAGCACAAGUCUUCUGAAAAUGCAGAACAUGAACAUGAUACACCUAAAGAAGAAAUUAUUGCACCUACAUCCCAAGAGGAAGAAAAUGAAAAGCCCACAGGAGAGGCAUCAGAUCUGGACUUCUGGUUGUCUCCUGCUCCCGUACAAAGUAAACCGCAGCAAGAACUGCUUAGGAACGAAGUGGCUUCUGAACUUCAAGAGACAUUAAAAGAAAAUGACAAGAAAGAGGAUGCAAAAUCAUCGAAGCAUAAAAAGAAGAAACACAAAGAAAAAUCAAAAGAAGAAAAGAAAUCCAAGAAAAAGAAACACCACAGUGAAGAAGAGGCUCCAGAAUCUGUUCAGAAUGGUAGCUUGGAGGAUGAGCCCUUACCGCCAAUGUCCAACUACUGCCUUCUAGCAGAAGAUUCCUAUGUUAAAAUGAUGUAUGAUGUUCAAGGAAACCUUCAGGAUGGAAGUCAAGUUGUUGUAUCGGUUAUCUUCGAAAAUCAAAGUAGUGGUUAUCUUAAAUCAAUGGAGUUCAAUGUUUUAGAUUCUCUCAACACUAAACUGGUUCGACCAGAAGGAUCUUCUAUACAUGAUGGUAUAUCAGUUCCUUUCCAGCUUCCACCAGAAGUUUCAAAUGAAGCUCGGUUUGUGUUUACUGUGGAAAGCAUAGUCAUGCCACAAAAACUGAAAGGAACCCUGACCUUUAUAGUAAAAACAGAUGAUGGAUCUUCUCAUGAAAAACUUGAUUUUAAGUUGCACUUCACUUGCACUUCCUACAUGAUUACGACGCCUUGUUAUAGUGACGCAUUUGCAAAAUUGCUAGAGUCUGGUGAAUUGAAGAUGUGUUCAAUGAAAGUAGAUGGAAUAAAUAUUUCUUUCCAGCUUCUUCUAGCUAAAAUUUGCUUUCAUCAUCACUUCUCAGUUGUGGAACAAAUCAAUUCAUGUGCAUCUAUGUAUAGUCGUUCUAUCCAGGGUCAUCACAUGUGUCUUUUGGUGAAACUGGGUGAUAGCUCUGUCUCUGUGGAUGGGAAAUGCAGCGAUUCCUCCCUUCUUGGAAAUCUUCUUGAUGAAUUGAAGCAGACAUUGACAGAGAAGUGCUGAGCUGUUGUAAAUCACACUAGAACUGUAUUAUGUUUUCCCUGAAAGCAUGAGCUACGUAACACAAGGCAUGUGAAUUAUUUAUCUUCACAGUCAUUUGCAGUUAAACAUCUUAAUCUCGUGUUCAAGGUUUUUUGUUUUCUUUUGGCCACUACUCCACAUACUGUUUCAUCACAAUCUCAUUAUGCAACCAUGUGUAUUAUACUGGUUACUGAGACCAGCAGCCGUUCAAAUAUCCAGACUCCUAGAGUGUAUUGAACUGGUUUGUGUAUUUCAAAUUGAUACUGCAUUCCUGAAGAAUUGAAUUGUAGUGAUGCUGUGUAAGCAGCUGUGAACCCAAAGUAAUCUGCCAGUCUCAGUCAGAGACUGAACAUUUACUUUAAAUUUGUCUUAAUUAAAUGUUUAUUCCAAAAAAAAGUGGUGUUUUGUUUGAUGGUCAAAACUGUCAAUCUAGCAUGUAGAGUUCUCAUAGAAUCCUGUGUGUUGAUUCUAGGAUUUUGAACAAUGUGUUUAAAAUUAUUUACUUAUCAACAUUCCCUCUUGGAGGUUAAAAAGAAAUAAUGACAAGCUGCUGUUAUCUUUUGUGUCGAUAAACCAAUAAAAAUGUAAAACCUU